AAACCCGUGCUUUAGUAGAAACGAAAUAUUUAAAGCCAUACUAGCGGAACAGACGAACUGAACAAGAAGCUAAGCAGUAGGAGUUAUAAGUUCAAGACAUAGUACAUGACAAUAUAAUAAGAUAAAUAUCACUAUAUACACAACAGUAUAGUAGAAAGAAAAUGAAUUUACAAACCAAACUUAAUAAUUCCUUGAACGAUGUUCUUAAGACGUCGGGGUAUAUAUUUGAAAUAAUCGGGAAUAAUAAGAAGCAAAGUAAUUUAAUAACAGGAACAAAUAAUCAACUUAUAAGUCCAGCCAUAACUGCUCAAUUAGCAAAUAGCAUUUCUAAAUUUGAUGAUAUUUUAGAUGAAACUAUAUCAAAGUUUAAUGAUGCACGAUGGUGUAUUGAUCAAAUUAUAGAAAAUAAGCAGAAACAAGAAGAAUUGAAAUUAAAAGAAGAGUUGGAGAGAAGGAAACGAGAAGAAGAAAGACAACGACUUGAAGAAGAAGAGAGAAGAAUUCAAGAAGCGAAAAAGAAAGAAGAAGAAGCAGCAGCUAAAUUGAAAGCUGAAAAGGAAGCAGCUGAAAAGCAGAAGGCAGCUGAAGCUGCUGAAUUAAAGAGAAAGAUGGAAGAACAAAUUAAAAAGGCUAAAGAAGAAGAAGCACAACGAAAGAAACUAGAAGAAGAGAAUAAAAAGAGAGAAGAGCAACUGAAUCAAGAUUUCGGUGAUUUAAUGUCAACUAAUGAUUUUGAUUUCCUUGGUGAUAUUAAUAUGAAUAGUGGUAAAGAUCUUUUAUCAAGUAUGGGAUUUUCUAAUGAUCCUCCAUUAACAUCAGUUGGUGGUAAUAAUGGUAAUAAUGAUUUUAAUAUGGAUUUAGGAGAUUUAACUGGAGUUGCUUUAGGAGUUGAACCUUCAAAUAGUGGAAGUAAUAUUAAUACGAAUGCACCACCAAGUGGUAUUUUAGAUGAUAAUGUUGGUAGUAUUAAUGGAGGAUCAGGAAAUAGUAAUAAUAGGAAUGGAGAAGGAGAUUUAGAAGGAGUUAGCGGAGAUCUUGAUUUAAAUAUGAAUAAUUUACUUGAAAAUGAUGAACUGAUACUAGAUGGACUCAAUAUGAGUAUCUUAGAACAAGGUUAUGAUAAUAAUAAUGCUGGAGCUUUACCAAAUGAUGAAGAUUUUGAUGUAGAUAAUUUCUUAGAUCAAUUUGGUGGAGCUGAUUAGUUAAAUCUUUUUAGAUUAGGUUAUUAGUAUUUAAUGUAAGCACCCGAUUUCCUAAUUAGGCAGUCUACGAUUUAAUCCAAUAAAAAUGCGUAAAAGAUCACAUAG